CAGCUGGAUUCCUGCUUUUUCCACGGGAACGAAGAAAAUAGAAACAAAUUCCUCUAUCAUUUUCUCAGCAAACUUAUCGGAUUUUCUCGGCAGCAAUUACAACAUCCGAGCCGUGAUCUCUGGUGCUCGUCGAUCCCUCUGUCCCGUUUCCUAUGAACUCCUGGUGCACAGAGUUAUUUGAUGUCAAUAUGAAGCUGAGCCAAGAUUGAAUCCAGUGGUCAUCAACCUGUAUAAAUUCAUUCAAUUUUGGCAGGUUUAUUAUAUGCUUUUCUAGUCAGGGAUUCUAAUUUAGGAAUAGAUCACUCCAUGCGUCAGAAACUUCAGGUUCUUCGUCGGGUAGAGGCUACCAGAUUGCUUCUGUUCGCCGGUCUGGUUUUCAUUUUGAUUGUUGGCUUUCAAUAUGUAAAUGUACAAUAUAGUAGCGUUGUAUUUCUGUUAUCGGCUGAGGAUAAGAUUCCUAUAUCAAGAAAUGAUAACAAUGGAACCCUUUUGCCAUCAUCGGAGUCUGAAACAUUGUCGGUUAAAAGCAUGAGCUCCUCAAAUAUAUAUCAUGCUCCUGAGGUAGAUGGAAGAGAAGAUGUCUUGGAGAGAAAGAGAAUAGUUUCGGAUGAAGGGCAUAUUCUUGAUUCUGAAAUGAAGGAUUUGCAGGAUACUUUCAUGGAGGAUGACACUGAUAAUGAUAAUGAAAGUCCCGAUUUUGAAACCAGAAGAAGCUCAAAUAAAAGUCUUUCAUCUCCUUCUGCUUUACCCCCUGAAGAUUUACCAACCGAUAUAGAAUCCACUGAAGACGCUAGCACGAAUUCUGAUUAUGAAAGGAAAGAGAAAUUGGAGAUUCUGGAGAAUGAAUCUGAUCAUUCUGUUGACAAGCUUGCUCCAGAGGUUGAAAAACUUGUCCAGGUUCCGAAUUCCGGGGUCUUUUCAAUAUCCCAGAUGAUGAGCUUAUUGAAUCAAAGUCACAAUUCUCAUGUUUCACGGGUUGGUAAACCUAGAUGGUCUUCCCCAGUUGAUCGGGAACUAUUAUAUGCGAGAAAUCAAAUUGAGAACUCACCAAUCAUAGAGAAUGAUCCUCUCUUGCAUGCUUCUCUGUAUUGGAAUCUUUCAAUGUUCAAAAGCAGAAGCUACGAAUUAAUGGAGAAAAUGCUCAAAGUAUAUGUCUAUCGAGAAGGAAAACGACCGAUAAUGCAUAAACCGGUGCUGAAAGGUAUAUAUGCUUCGGAGGGAUGGUUUAUGAAGCUGCUCAAGUCCAGCAAAACAUUUAUCACGAAAGAUCCGCAUAAAGCACACCUCUUUUACCUCCCGUUUAGUUCGAAAAUGUUGGAGAAAACCUUGUAUGUCCCUGGUUCACAUAGCGAUAAAAAUCUCGUGGAGUUUUUAAAGAACUAUUUGGACAUGAUCUCAACAAAGUAUCGUUACUGGAACAGAACAGAAGGGUCGGAUCAUUUUCUCGCCGCUUGUCAUGACUGGGCUCCAUCUGAAACAAGGCGAUACAUGGGCAAUUGCAUCAGAGCAUUAUGCAAUUCCGAUGUCACAGAAGGCUUUGUCUUUGGCAAAGACGUAGCUCUUCCCGAGACAACUAUUCUCUUUCCCAGGAGACCUUUGAGAGCUGUAGGAGGAAAACCUCCUACUCAAAGGCCAAUCCUUGCUUUCUUCGCGGGUGGAAUGCAUGGUUAUUUUAGGCCUCUCUUAGUAAAACGCUGGGGCGGUAGCAAGGACCCGGACAUGAAAAUAUUCAGCCAAAUGUCCAAAGGUAAGGACAUGAAGAGAUACAUUCAAUACAUGAAGAGCAGCAAGUACUGUAUCUGCCCGAGAGGGUAUGAGGUCAAUAGCCCUCGGGUAGUGGAAGCGAUAUUCUACGAGUGUGUCCCGGUUAUCAUAUCAGAUAACUUUGUGCCUCCGUUUUUCGAGGCUCUGAACUGGGAAUCCUUUGCAGUUUUUGUAAUGGAGAAAGACGUUGGGGAUUUGAAGAGGAUAUUGCAGUCGAUACCCGAUGAAAAGUACCGAAAGAUGCAGAUGAGGGUCAAGAUGGUGCAGAAGCAUUUCCUCUGGCAUGCUAAACCUGAGAAAUAUGACAUCUUUCAUAUGAUACUGCAUUCGGUUUGGUUCAACCGAGUUUUUCAAAGCUAAUCAAGCAACAAGCCUGGGGUUUAAGCAGGACGAUUCCGAGAUUCACCACCUACACCAAUCCAGGUAAUGAAUGAAACCCUUAAUUCUUUCGCUACAGAUAACCGCUAUAAACCACUCUGUGCACAAGGUGCGGAUGGUCAUGUCAAGUGCAAUUAUAUCAGCAUUUUCUGACUUACAUGAGGACCUUGAACGGAAAAGCUCGUCUUGGUGAUAUAAAUCGCAGGUAUAAAGGACAAUGCAGCUGUUAAGGGUCACUUGCAGUUGCUGAUUUUUCGAUUUGUAAGUGUAUAUAUACAGAUGUACUCUUGAGAUCAAUACAACAGAAAGCACUUUUUCUUC